AUGGAUCAAAAAGUACGACAACUUGACGUUUGCACUCAAGACGGAACCGUUGAUUGUCACGGAAAUCCAGCAAUCCGAGCCAAAACCGGCAAAUGGCUCACUGCUAUUCUCAUACUAGUGAAUCAAGGACUAGCGACGCUUGCGUUCUUUGGCGUAGGAGUGAAUCUGGUUCUGUUUCUGACGAGAGUGAUGGGACAAGACAAUGCAGAAGCUGCCAAUAACGUCAGUAAAUGGACAGGAACUGUUUACAUCUUCUCUCUCCUCGGUGCUUUCCUCAGUGACUCUUAUUGGGGACGUUACAAGACUUGUGCAAUCUUCCAAGCAAGUUUCGUUGCAGGGUUGGUGUUGUUAUCUUUAUCUACUGGUGCUUUGUUGCUCGAACCAAGUGGUUGCGGUGUUGAAGAUUCGCCGUGUAAACCACACUCGACGGUCAAGACGGUUCUGUUUUACCUAUCGGUGUAUCUGAUCGCGUUAGGGUACGGUGGUUAUCAGCCGAACAUAGCUACUUUUGGAGCUGAUCAGUUUGACGCAGACGAUUCCGUUGAAGGACACUCGAAAAUCGCGUUUUUCAGUUACUUCUACUUAGCACUGAAUCUCGGAUCGCUCUUCUCGAACACCGUCUUGGGUUACUUUGAGGAUCAAGGGAAAUGGCCGCUAGGGUUUUGGGCGUCUGCUGGUUCUGCUUUUGCGGGUUUAGUACUUUUCUUGACUGGCACGCCAAAGUACAGACAUUUUACGCCUAGAGAGAGUCCUUGGUCUAGAUUCUGCCAAGUGUUGGUUGCUGCUACAAGAAAAGCCAAGAUCGAUGUGAACUAUGAGGACUUGAAUCUCUAUGAUUCAGAGACUCAACGAACCGGAGAUAAGAAGAUUCUUCAUACCAAUGGCUUCAGAUUCUUGGAUAGGGCUGCGAUUGUUACAGCUGAUGAUGAGGCAGAGAAGGUGGAGAGUGGAUCGACUUAUGAUCCAUGGAGGCUCUGCUCGAUUACUCAAGUUGAAGAAGUGAAGUGUGUGCUAAGACUCUUACCAAUCUGGCUCUGCACCAUCCUCUACUCUGUGGUUUUCACUCAAAUGGCUUCACUAUUCGUCGAGCAAGGCGCGGCGAUGAAGACCAACAUCAGGAACUUCAAGAUUCCAGCUUCAAGCAUGUCGAGUUUCGACAUUCUCAGCGUCGCCUUCUUCAUCUUCGCUUACAGGCGGUUUCUCGACCCUCUCUUUGCAAGGCUCAACAAAACAGAACCCAACAAAGGCCUCACUGAGCUUCAGAGGAUGGGGAUAGGGCUAGUGAUUUCGAUCAUGGCGAUGGUAUCAGCAGGAGUCGUGGAGAUAUACAGACUGAAACAUAAGGAACCUGAAACUUCUAGCUCGGUUUCAAACUCGAGCACGUUGAGCAUAUUCUGGCAAGUACCUCAGUACAUGUUGAUAGGUGCAUCAGAAGUGUUCAUGUACGUUGGUCAGCUUGAGUUCUUCAACAGUCAAGCUCCAACAGGGCUAAAGAGCUUUGCAAGCGCGCUAUGCAUGGCUUCGAUAUCGCUAGGGAACUAUGUGAGCAGUUUGUUGGUUGUGAUUGUGAUGAAGAUCUCUACAAGAAGUGACUUGCCUGGUUGGAUCCCUGGGAAUCUCAACAAAGGACACUUGGACAGAUUCUACUUCCUUUUAGCUGGUCUAACCGCAGCUGAUUUCGUGGUUUACUUGGUCUGUGCAAAGUGGUAUAAGUAUAUCAAGUCUGAAGCAAGUUUCUCUGAGCCCAUGACUGAAGAAGAGGAAGUCUGA